AUGGUGAUGGAGUCGCUCGAGGUCAGGGCAGCAAAAAUCUCGGCCGGCAAAUUCCGCGCUGGUCUGCUGGCCUUGGCGCUUGGCGUCAAUCGAUACAUUGUCAGGGUUAAGGUUGUCUAUGACUUUCUCGAGGAGAGUCGACCCGGCCAGUCCAUCAAGGGUCUUGCUGAUACACGUCAAGUCGCUAGUUGUUCUCUCGAGACUAUUUCAAUGAUGGCAGCUAAGUUCAACACCUUUCUUGGCCUAAUCACGCUCCUGGCCGUUGCGUUGGGCAGCUUUGGGGGCCCUACCGAGCCGGCUCCUUCGUCCCUGGAGCAGGUUCACCCUCGUUUCGUCCCCACCGCGUCGAUCACUGGCGGCAAUGUGACCUGCUUCUGGCCCAAUGGCGAGCCUGCCCCCGUUGCUCGGCCCUGCCUCGAUGGCUUCGGUAAUCCGACCGGUUUGUGCUGUGCCUAUGGUCAUCAUUGUCUGAACAACUCUCUCUGCAUGGUCAAGGGCGGCCUCGGCACUUCCAAGAGCAACAUCGAUAACGGUAAUGGUAACGACAACGGCAAGAACAGCUUCUACCGCGGAGCCUGUACCGAUCCCGAGUGGAAGAAUCCAGGCUGCCCUGGCUUCUGUACUGGUUUGGCCGACAAUGAGAAGUCUCAUUUCAUUAUGGCUCAUCUCUGUGGCCAGGGUCCUAGCAGGACUCAUUGGUUUUGUGAUGGGUUCAAGCCCAGCAGCAACUGUCUCUUGACUAAUGGUCACUUCGCUCUUUCGGAUAACCUCACCGUCUACGCCACGGCAAAGGAGUUACUCAAAUCUAGUGACAGCGACGGCGAUCACAGCGAGGUCCCUCCCCCGCCCCCUCAGCCGGUGCCACCUAUGGCGACCACUCAGCCAGCGCACACUGAUCAUCCGAUACACACCGUUGGACCCAACGAACCUCCUGUGUCGACGGCUGCCCCUGUGCCCCUGGUUGGCUCUUCGACUGUGUCUGUCCCGGCACCUACGCUGUCCAAGCCUGUCCCUCCCAAUGAAUCUUCUCAUCUGGCACCCUCUCCUUCGACCGAGGCUCUUCCGGCCAAGCCAACUGACACUAACCCUGAGGACCAUGGCAGUACCAGUUUCGUUCCGGUUCCCCCGAUCACGACUCUGAUCCCUAACCCAGCAGAGUCUGACACAGCUUCUCACACGUCUGAAAUUCCUGCUGAGACGUCAACCUUCACGGAACUUGCGCGUCCCACAUCAACCCCCAAUACCCUCACCACAGGUGUCGGCAUCGGCCUUGGCGUCGGCAUCGUCGCCACUCUCCUCUGUAUCGGGGUCAUCGCUCUUACAAUCUACCUCCGUCGUCGUCGCAAACUCAAGCGUCUCGGCCUCUGGGGCGUCCCCGCCGCUGAGUCCCCUCCUCCGUUGUCCGAGAGCACGCGUACCACGGGCUUAAGGAAUGGCACGCCUACGACCGAUGGAUUUGGAUGUCGCGAGGAGCGAGAUAAGCAUAAACGGAUUGCAGAGAAGUCUCUUGCUUUGGCCAGGGCCGGGUUUAGAGUUGGCAUUGGCUAUGAGGAACAUGAGAUGGAUAAUCUGAGGAGUCGUGAUCCCCCGGGUAUACAACAGGCGGUUGAAAGAGCGCAGCACGCGAAUGCUCAAAGUAAUCGUCCUGGUUCAGCUCCCCAUGGUCCUGGCUCAGCUUUGAAUGGUUACGUGCCUCAGUCUCGCGGCCCACCCCCCGCUGGUCCUCGACCCGGCCCUCCUCACCAUAGCUCUGGCGCCGGGUAUCCUGUUGUCUGUCCGGUUCCGACGCCUGGUCCCGGCCCUUCUCGUCCAGCUGGUCCUCGUCCUGGCCCUCUUGCUUCUUCGGGUCCUGGCUAUCAAGGCAAUCACCGUUCUCAGGGUCCUGUGCCUCGUCAGGCUUCUUACAAUGGCGGUCCUGGACAGAACCAUAGCCCUUCUCAACGUCUUCCGACUCGUCGUCCAGCUCCCAGUCAUGGUCCCGGCCCUGUUGGUCUUGGUUCGGUUCAUGUCUCUUUCUCUCAUGGCGCUGUUCGCGACCCUGGUUCCGUUGGUCCCAAAAACAACUCGCACCCUACCAGCCCAGAGACCAUUCAUGCCCAAGAGGGUCGCAUGCACACGUUGAGCCCUGUAGCUGGCGUCGUGUUUAAUCCUAUUCGUCUGCAAGAGGGCGCUAGAGCAUAUGUUCGGGACCAGGCUCAACGCGGUGGCAAUGCCAACGCCAAUGCGAUGCAGGGCCAGGCUCAGGACGGUCACCAUAGGGAGCAUCCUCAUCCGGAUCAUCAUCAAGGUCAGGGUUAUGCCCCAAGUGAGAGUGGUCCUGUCUGUGAUCGUGGUCAUGGUCACCAUAAUGAUCAUGAUGGUACUGGCUGGCCUCUGGCUUAA